AUGAACAAGAGUGAGGAGAAACCUCUUCUCACCGCUAAACGCAUUCUCAACAGACCCUCCGCAGCAUUAACUUUUCAGCUUGCAAUGCAAUUGCGUGAAUCCACGCGGGACAACGACUCUAACCUCACGCAAGCACUGAAGCGAUUAGUGCAUGUGCACUCUCCGUUGUUGAAGCGAGACCACGUUUUGUUUUCUCUCUCGCUCUCGCUCUCUCUCGUGACACUUGGCCAGGCAGAGAGCAAUGUUGAGCAGGAGAUUGGGAUUGUGAUUUGGUCAAUGGACGAUGGAUUGCGAGAGGAGUGGGAGCAUCAGUCGUGUGGUGGCAUUGCGGAGGGUCCUCGGUGUUGUCGGUCAGGAUUGGUGAUGCUGAGACCUUCGGCAUCGCGCCUUCGUCAUCUCCACUUGAAAGGAGGACGACAGGUGAUGAUUCGUCAUCGUCGUCGCGGCCUUGCUGGUACGAGAACAUCUUCGUCAUCCUCAGUCUCGUUGGGUACGCUAAGGCUCUCCAUCUCAAACACGUCUGGCACCACAUCGUCACUCAUAUCAGACAGUUCUGACGUCGUCUUCCUCCUCUGCUCUCGCAUUCUCCACAACCGCUGCGGCGGCAAAGACAGGAUACGAUGCGACGGCGAGGAGGAGGCACAGACAGAUGAGGGCGUUGGACAUUGUCAGCGCCUCUUCUUCUCACCCUCCUUCUCCUCCUCCACCUUCUUUCAUCCCACAACGUCGACUGCUGACUUGGCGAUUCGAUGUCAGCGUGGAGAGAGGAGGAUGAAGCCGUUGAACAAUGCGCUUCGGAGUGUCUCAUUGAAUGUGGUUUGCAUCAAAUUUUAUUCUGUGGAGGAGUACGAGGAGGAGGCGGCGGCGGGAGGAAAGAAGACGAGGAAGGAAAUGCCUAGUGGUGAUAUUGCUAGGAGGGGAGUAGUGCUGUGUCGGGAUGUAUCGUCGCCUCAGCCUUAG